AUGGGAAUUGAACAAGAAACUAAAGAUGAUUUUAUUUCAAUGUCACAUGAAGGUGAAAGAUUGAGUAAAGAAGCCAAAAUUGAAGCAGAUAGAUUGAGUAAAGAAGCCAAAAUUGAAGCAGAUAGAUUAAGACAAAAUGUCAAAUUAGAAGCUCAAGAAAUAAAAAAAGAUAUUGAAAAUCAAGCUCAUAGUUCAUGGGAUACAGUUAAAGAUGGUGCUAAAUCAGUUCAAGACUAUAUCGUUAGUGGAUUUGAAACUGUUAAACAUUCAAUUACAACCGAUCCAGAUGAAUUGGCAAUGGAACAUUUGAAGGAUAAUAUCAAUGAAAAGAUUGAAAAUGUAGAUAAAGAAGGUUCAUCCAUCCUUGGUGAAAUUACCGAUUUCUUUAAGGGAACCGCCGAAGAAGUCAAAAUAGAAACAGAUAAAAUUGGUAUGGGUGCAUUCAAUGAUAGUGAUCCAUUUGUUGGUGAUGUCCAUAAAACAUUCAAUAAGACCACUGAUAACUUAAAGGAUGAAGCAUCUAAACUCUCCAAAGAUGCCAAAUACCAUUCAAAUAGACUCUAUGAUGAAUCUGGUAAAAUCUACAAAGAUACAAAGAAUGAAUCUGGUAAACUCUACAAUGAAGUAAAGAAAGAAUCUGGUAAACUCUUUAAUGAAGCCAAGAAGGAAACCAAUAAACUCUACAAAGAUACCAAGAAUGAAGGAUCCAAAUUGGCAACCGAUUUAAAGAAGGAUGUUGAGCAAUUUGCUGAUGAAUCUAAAAAGAUUGCUGCCGAUAUUAAAAACAUUGCCAAUGAUACUUAUCAAGGUAUAACCAAUGAUGCAUCAAAGAAAGCAAAUGAACUUAAAAAGAAAGCAGGUGAAACUCUUGAUGAAUCUGCUGGUGCCAUCGAACAUCAACUUGAUCUCUUCAAGAGAGAUUUCAAAUAUCUUAACCAAAGAAGUGGACUUAUCUAUAGUGGUUUUGGUUUGGUUGGUGGUUAUGGUGCUUCAAAAUUCUUGGUUCCUAAUGCUUCUCCAAUCACUAAAUUAACUUUAAUGGCCGGUUUUGCCUCAUUGGGUGCUUACUAUGGUCUCCAUCAACCAUUCAAUAGAACCAUUGAUAAUUCUCUCAAUAGAUUAAAUAAUAAAAAAGAAGAAAUCAAAAAGAAAUGGUAA